UUUCAGGCGGCGGUGGCGCAUGCGCACACUGGUGUGGAACUUCGCCGCUGAAGCUGCUUCAUCUUUUCUUCAGUUGACCACAGUUCAACGCUCCCACUCGGUUCCGCUCGGCAGGAAGACAGCGUGAGGGAAUAUGCCCAAGAAUAAAGGCAAGGGAGGAAAGAAUCGGCGACGUGGGAAGAACGAGAAUGAGUCGGAGAAGAGGGAGCUGGUGUUCAAGGAGGACGGACAAGAGUACGCUCAGGUGAUCAAGAUGCUGGGGAACGGCCGUCUGGAGGCCAUGUGCUUCGACGGGACCAAGCGGCUCUGUCACAUCAGAGGGAAGCUCCGGAAAAAGGUGUGGAUCAACACGUCAGACAUCAUCCUGGUGGGACUGAGAGAUUACCAGGACAACAAAGCCGACGUCAUCCUCAAGUACAACGCCGAGGAGGCCAGAAGCUUGAAGAACUACGGCGAGCUGCCCGAGCACGCCAAAAUCAACGACACAGAAACCUUCGGCCCCGGAGACGACGAGGACAUUCAGUUUGACGACAUCGGAGGAGACGACGACGACACGGACGGGAUCUGACGGCCUGCUGCACCAGGGGAGGAGACGCUGCAGCCACCACACCAUCACCUUCAUCUGACCACACGCUCCGCCUGCAGGGGGCGACGCAGCGGGCCUGGUCCCUCGCUCUGGGUGGCUCUCGCACGCCCCACCUCUUUUAAAAUGUAUUUAUAUUGAUUUCACGUCUCGUGGAAUUUGAAGUACAGAAUCUCUGGAUUCGACAAUAAAAAGAUGAACCGUUUUUGUUUUCCUUCUGUUCCUCUGCCGGGCCUGUUGGCGCGGCGGCGGCGGCCCUCCGACCCUGGACUGGGAGGAGAACAUGUAUUUUUCUAUGGUUUACGUCUGCGUCCGGAAGGUUCCGAGCGCUGGCACCAGCCCGGCGCUGCUCCCCUGCCCUGUAACUGCUGAACACAAAUGUACCAUGUUUGAAUAAAGACCUAAACUCUCA